AAUCAAAAUAUCAAAUAUAUAAUUAAACCCCCAAAGCUUACACCCUUUACAUUCCUACAAGGCCACAAGUUUACAAACCCUCUCUCUCUCUCUCUCUGCCAUAUUCUAAAAGCUCUGGUUUUUGUUCUGGAAAUUAAUCGAUUAAGAGAUGGGGAGUUAUAGGAUGUGCAUGUGCUUCACUAGGAAGUUCAGGGUGAAGGAGGAAGAGCCACCGCGGGACGUGAAGGAAGCAUUCGAAAAGUACGCUGAGGGGGGGACCCAAAUGACAGCGGAGCAGCUGCGCCGCUUCUUGGCCGAGCUCCAGGGGGAGAAAGAUGGCGGCGGCGCGUCGGUAUCAGACGACGCGGAGCGGAUCGUGGAGAAGGUGCUGCAGAAGAGGCACCACAUUGCCAAGUUGAUCACAAAGCGCACUCUGUCCCUUGAAGACUUCCACCAUUACUUGUUCUCUCCCGAUCUCAAUCCCCCUAUUCGAGAUCAGGUUCACCAGGACAUGACAGCUCCGUUGUCCCAUUACUACAUAUACACCGGCCAUAAUUCGUACCUGACUGGAAAUCAGCUAAGUAGUGACUGCAGCGACGUUCCGAUCAUAAAGGCACUCAAAAGAGGUGUGAGAGUGGUGGAGCUUGAUAUUUGGCCAAAUUCCACAAAGGACAAUGUGCAUGUUCUCCACGGAAGGACCUUGACAACCCCUGUGGAACUUAUAAAAUGCUUGAAAUCAAUUAAAGAGCAUGCCUUUUCUGAAUCUCCAUACCCCGUCAUCAUAACUCUUGAAGACCACCUUACGGCUGAUCUCCAAGCUAAAGUAGCACAGAUGCUCAUUCAAACAUUUGGUGAAAUGUUGUUUUACCCUGAAACCUGUUGUUUGAAAGAGUUACCUUCGCCCGAAGAACUUAAAUAUCGAAUUAUUAUAUCUACAAAACCUCCUGAGGAGUACCUUAAGGAUAAAACUUCCAAUGAAAAUAGACUUGACUCACAUAAAAGUGAGGAAGAUUUAUGGGGGAAGGAACCAACAGAGCUUACCCAUGAACGGGAAGAUGAUGAUACGAGUGACAGUGAUACAAGUGAGGACAACAAUAAUAUCAAUCAUGGAUCGUUCUCCUCAGUAGAACACGAUUACAAAUGUCUAAUUGCAAUCCAUGCUGGAAAACCGAAGGGUGGUUUAAAGGACGCGCUAAAAGUUGAACUCGAGAAAGUCAGGCGGCUUAGCUUGAGUGAACAAGCACUCGAGAAGGCUGCUGAAUCUCAUGGAACAGAUAUUGUUAGAUUUACACAAAAGAACAUUUUAAGGGUGUAUCCAAAAGGUACUCGGUUCAACUCCUCGAACUACAAGCCGCUUGUUGGUUGGAUGCAUGGUGCUCAAAUGGUUGCGUUCAAUAUGCAGGGAUAUGGUAGAUCUCUUUGGCUGAUGCAUGGGAUGUUUAGAGCCAAUGGGGGUUGCGGUUAUGUUAAAAAGCCUGAUUUUAUUAUGAAAGCGGAUUCCGAUUAUCAGGUUUUCGAUCCUAAAGCAAAACUGCCAGUAAAGAAGACUUUAAAGGUGAAAGUUUAUAUGGGAGAUGGAUGGCAUUUGGAUUUCAAACAAACACACUUUGAUUUAUACUCUCCACCAGAUUUCUAUACUAGGGUUGGCAUAGCAGGAGUGCCGGCUGAUGAAAUAAUGAAGAAAACAAAGAAAAAAGAGGAUGAUUGGACACCUGUAUGGGAGGAAGAGUUUACAUUUCCAUUGACAGUUCCCGAGUUGGCUUUGCUUAGAGUUGAGGUACAUGAGUAUGACAUGUCUGAGAAGGAUGAUUUUGGUGGCCAAACUUGUUUGCCAGUCUCCGAAUUGAGACAAGGGAUUCGUGCAGUCCCUCUCUUUGAUCGCAAAGGAGUAAAAUACAAUUCAGUAAGGCUUCUAAUGCGAUUUGAGUUCGUCUGAGCAUAAUUUGGUUCUGCUCAUCGGAGUUUUAUUUCGUUGCCCACUGCAGUGCUGCUAUAAUUUUUGUUUAUUUCGCUCACUGUAAAAGAACUAUUGAUAUAUUCAAACUUCCACUUACAUGC